UAGGCCUAAGAAUGGAAAUUCCAGUCUGACGCUUUAGAAACUGUUACGCUGUCGAGACCUAACCGUUAGCCUAGAUUUCACGCAUAUAACAAUAUGGCUAAGGCACUUGAACAAAGCGUACUUUUCGAUGCACCAGAUUCAAUUGAGUGUCAGAUUUGCUUGGAGAACUUCAUUAACCCCAAAAUAUUGGAUUGUAAUCAUUACUUUUGUGAAAAAUGCAUUCUCAACUGGAGCAAUUGCAAUAAAGGAAGAAGUAUUCACUGUCCGACCUGUUGGCAGACGACAGUACUACCAAACGGUAAAGCUGAAGGACUGCGCGAGCAUGUUGUUGCAGCACCGGGCGGCGAAGUAGCAUCGACACCAAAUGAUAAAACUGAAAACCUGCGACCCCAUGUUGUGAUCACAUCAGAACAGGCAGCAUCGGCAGAAUGCUGCAAAGCAUUGAGCUCUGAUAAACCACCUCCACCAAAUAAAAUCAUUGAACGUAUGUGCCAAUUACAUACAGAAGAGCUUAGAUUCUUUUGCGAAACCUGCAAAGAGUCUGUUUGUCGAGAGUGUGUGGUGGUAGACCACCUGUCAGGUGCUGGUGGCCGCCAUAUUGUUUUUGACAUAAAGAUUGUAGCUAGGAAAGCUGAUGAAAUGUUUAGUGCAUCAAUUAAAAAACAAGUUUCGAAUGCUGCUAAAAUCGAUAGAGAGAUAAAUAAACUAGUCUGCAGCCUGGAUCAAGUUGAAGAAGGAUACCGGCGCACAGUUACUGGCAUCGAUGGAGUUUUCAACGAACUUGAGAAACAAUUAAAACAAAAACUAAAAGAUCUUAAAGAUGAGGCACUUAAAAUUAGAAAUGAAAGAAAUGCUAAGAUCGAAAGCCGCCUGAAGUAUAUGACAGAUAUGAAGACCAGCGAGCUCCAUAUCAAAGAAGUUUGUGAAAAUGCUCUGAAAUCUGGAAAGGCUUUUGACAAAGUCGAACUAGCAUCAUCUAUUAGUAACCACUGUGCAGGUGUCAGACAUAAUGAUAUCGAGGUUCUUUCAGAUGAUUCAAACUCUAUGCAGUUUGUCCAAAACGCUUAUGCGCUGAAGCGUUUUAAAGAUGAGUUGCAGACAAUCGGGAAAAUAAACAAAUCAGAUGUGACCCAAAUGAUUAAUAGAGUUGAAUGUGGCAUGUCCAGUGAUCUGGAGCGAUUUGCGACUCAAGUCAUCAGGGCGGCUUUUACUCAGAGGAAUAAUGUAAACCGUGCAGCCUUCAUAACCAAUGAAAUGAACAGAAAAUACGGAUGUACCUGGUGCUGCUUCAUUGGCUCUCACGCCAGAUCCUGCCAUGUGCCACUCAAUUUUAAACUGACAGUGAGAGUAGAUGGCGCAUGUGAUGUUGUGCUCUUCAAAAUCCCUUCCGUGACAGACGGGGGUGUGACACUCACAGAGUACACAGUCCAGAAGGUCUCCAGUAAGAACAUGCCGCCAAAUAUAAUACUUGAUGCCAUUGAUUUGGUUUACAGUGGCCAACGCUCAUGCGGGAAUACGAGAAACAAACUGUCGUGUUUCGUCAGCACUGAACUCAGUCGCCUGCAUGGGGGUGCCUGGAAUUGUAUGAUCAUGGGUGGGUCCUACUUUUGGAGUCAUCCGCUUCCGUUGAUGUAUAUCACGUUGAUUGUUGGACAGGAGUACAUCAUCAUCUGGAGAAGCUGAACUGAUUUCUUGGCAGUGUCGCACACCUGGCUCUGAUUCGGGCCGAUACAGGACAGUGGCGGUAGGAAUUCGAAAUAGAGGGGCCCAGGCCGGGUUUCACAGAUGGGGAGUAAGACAAUUUAUUAUUAUGACACCUCUAGAUGGUUGGAAAUGGCAUUGUCCGACCUAACUUUGAUUAUAAUUUUCCAUUUUUCUCAAUUGUUUUCAUAUUUGUUGAAAAAUUUAGGGGGAGGAAGACCGACCGACUCCCCCUUCCUCGUUGAAUCCGCCACUGCAGGGCUAUUUUAGCAGUCCGGAGUAUAUAUGUUUACAGCUUGCCCUCCAAUUCAGGGCGACCUUUGGGACUUGAAUGAGGUUAGCUAGGUUUGUGUUAAAAAAUUGAAAAAGUGGUCUCGGAUUACGGGAGUCUCGAAAUGAAGGGCGGAUUGUUUUUUUUUUUAAUGAACGAAAAAAUGUAUUUAGAAAAAAAUUAAAUAAACCAUUGGUCAUGUAGAAGAGAUACUGGUCACAAGUUUUUCUCCGUUUUGAAUGCCAAAAAUUAUUCAGAUAUUCCUGAAGAAAAGCAACACGUAGCUCAUGAGUGCAGCUCAUGCUAACAAAUCUCUUAUCAAUCAAUCUCAAUAUUGUGUUAAACAAGCACAGCAACGUAUUUUCUUCCUAUGUAGAUUAAGAUCUUCUGAACCUGUUCUCCUGUGAUGUGUCGUUUUUAUAAAACAUGCCAUAGAGAAUGGUCUAACUCUUUGAAUUACUGUGUGGUUCGGCGGCACAUCGGAGAAAGAUCUUGACUGUGUAAUUAAGAUCGCCUCUCGUAUUAUCGGUAUUGACCAAUGCUCAGUCGACAAGCUCUACCAAGAAAGGCUUGUGUCGAAAAAAGCACGGUUGAUUGUUGCAAAUAUUUUUUAGAUAAUGCGAAGCGGUCAGCGGUCUGCCAAUAUGUUUAGGGAUUGUUUGGCACUAAAUAAUUAUAGUACUUUUUUUUUUUUUUUAAAUUUAUUAUAGGUGUGCACAUGUGUGUGCACGGUAUGUAUUUGCGGCAUUAUACACUGAGCCAACCCAAAUUUCUAUGUAUCAUUCAUACAUUGAU